CCGCAGUUUGUGGCUGAGAGUCACUCUCAGCAAUUUAGAAAGUCAUUGUUGGAGAUUGUUCAUCGUAUUCCAGCAAAUGAUGCAUUGCGGCCUCAUGUGAAGAGUAUUUUGAAUUUGAUGUUCUACCUGCUUGAGGUUGAAAAUGAAGAAAAUGUUCUUGUCUGCUUGAGGGUUAUCAUCGAGCUGCACAAGCAGUUUAGACCACCUUUUCAACCAGAGAUUCAGCAGUUUCUUCAGUUUGUGAAGACAAUGUAUCAUGAGCUAGCCUCAAUCAUGAAAAUGCAGUUUGAAGGUCGUGGCAAUGUAACUGUCAAGUCAGAACAUGGUGGACCACCUCUAGUUUUACCAGUUAAAGAAACACUUCCUGGACAAACCGGCAUUCUGAAAGCGACUCGGUCUCUAAAAGUUUUGGCAGAGCUGCCUAUUAUUGUGGUGUUGAUGUACCAAUUGUACAAGCAGCAGGUUCAUUCCACAGUUGCAGAAUUCAUUCCUCUUAUAAUUAAUACAGUUAUUCUGUCGCCGUCAUCAUGGAGGACAAGCAAUGAUCAGAACAAGGAACUGUAUGUUGAUUUUGUUGCUGCGCAGAUCAAGACUUUGUCAUUACUGGCUUAUGUCAUCAGAAUCUACCAGGAUAUUGUGAAGACUUUUGCUCAAACUAUGGUGACUGGCAUGUUGAAUUUAUUGCGGAACUGCCAACCUGAAGUUGCUCACCUAAGGAAAGAGCUGUUGAUUGCAGCUCGUCAUAUUUUGGCAACAGACUUCAGAAAUCAUUUUAUCACACAUGUCGACAAGCUGUUUGAUGAGGACACUUUGGUAGGAACUGGUUGGACAACAAGGGAAUCUCUUAGACCACUUGCUUAUAGCACACUAGCUGAUCUAGUGCAUCAUGUCAGAACUCACUUAUCACUUCAGCAGUUGUCACUUGCUGUGGACCUAUUUGCAAAGAACAUUCAUGAUGAAACAUUGCCUGUCAGCAUACAAACAAUAUCUUGCAAGCUUCUUCUCAAUCUAGUAGAUUGUAUUAGACAGAAGAGUGAUUCAGAUGGCAAUGGUCGAGACAUUCUGAUACGAAUGCUGGAAGUGUUUGCUCAGAAGUUUGAGACAUUGGCCAAAUAUCAGAUCCCGGCCAUUUUCAGUAAAUGUGUACGGCAGAAUGCAGAUGGCACAAUACCAGAAACAGAGAAACUUCCUGCUGGUGUUACUGGAGGGCUCAUCACUCCUGUUGCCACAACACCAACGGCCUCUAUUGCAUCUGGCAUUGUGCGACAAGCGGUGUCUACAGUUACAGUUGGACACACCAGCAGUAGCAGUGGCUCACUGUUAGGCUCUACACUGUCAGUUGGUGACUGUCGAGGAAUGGUGAAAACUUUAGUAUGUGGAGUGAAGACGAUUACGUGGGGUGCUGGAUCAUGCAAGGCUCCAGGAGGUCACCAGCAAAAGGCAUUUUUUCCUAAGGAAACGCCAAUAUUUGUUCGUCUUUUAACAUACACUCUCCAGUGUCUUGACAUUUAUCAAGUUACGGUAGCUCCUAAUGGGACAAUGUAUCUUCGUGCUGCAUCUUGUCAAGCUGUACGUUUGAAGGAAGAGAAAGAGAAUCUAGAACACUUUGCAGGAGUGUUCACCAUGAUGCACCUGACAGCCUUCAAAGAAGUGUUCAACAACAUGAUACAUUAUUUGGUGGAUCGGAUUCAGAAGAACUAUGCACUUCAGAUUAUUCCCAAUACAUUUCUAGCCAAUCCAAACACUUCUGCUGCAUUUGCAACCAUUUUGGUAUCCUUCUUACUCAGCAAAAUGGCAGAUAUGGGAGUUGAAGUGGAACGUUCAAAUCUAUAUUUGAAGCUAUUUAAGCUGGUGUUUGGUUCAGUGUCGUUGUUUGCUCAAGAAAAUGAGCAAAUGCUGAAGCCUCAUCUUCAUGACAUUGUCACAAAGAGUAUGGAGCUUGCACAAUCUGCUAAAGAGCCAUAUAACUAUUUUCUCUUGUUGCGUGCUCUUUUUCGUUCAAUUGGUGGCGGUAGCCAUGAUCUUCUUUAUCAAGAAUUUCUUCCAUUACUUCCACGACUACUUCAAGGUCUUAAUCGUCUCCAAGGGAGCCUUCAUAAGCAACAUAUGAAAGACUUGUUUGUUGAACUUUGCUUGACGGUUCCUGUUCGACUCAGCUCUUUGUUACCAUAUCUUCCAAUGCUGAUGGAUCCACUUGUUUCUGCCCUGAAUGGCUCACAACCACUCAUCAGUCAGGGUCUUCGCACACUUGAACUGUGUGUUGAUAAUUUACAACCAGACUUUUUGUAUGAUCACAUUCAACCUGUUAGAGCUGAAUUGAUGCAAGCUUUGUGGAGACAACUUCGUAAUCCAUUGGAUAACAUUGCUCAAGUUGCCUUUCGGGUAUUAGGUAAAUUUGGUGGAGGUAACAGAAAAAUGCUCUGUGAACCGCAAAAGAUGACAUUCAAACAAGAAUCAUCUGGCCUUUGUGUCAGUUUGCAAUUUCUUGAAAGCUCAAGGCAUGUACUUUUACCAAUUGAUAAAAUUGUUGAACAAUCAGUCAUGUAUUUAAAGCAAUCAUCAGCAAGCAUUCACAUAAAGAAGCAAGCAUGGAAUAUCAUUAAAGCGUUUUUGAUUGCAAGCAUGAAUCUCUCUGACACUGAACAGACUCUGUAUGAUCAUCUGUGCUCUGUAUCGACGUUUGUUCAGCAGUCUACAGAGCAACACAGUCGGAGAAAAGCAUCAAUUGUAGAAGCAGCGUUGUAUCAGAAUUGCAUUGAAGGACUUUUUGCUGCUGCAUCAUUGAAAGAUCUGCAGUCAGAUGCAGCUCCAUUUAUGGAACAAUUUGUGUUUCAUAUUACUCUGCUUCUUCUCACUGAAAAAUACGGACUGCAAACUGUUGAUGGAACUGUACUGAAUGGCACAGUAUUAAUGGAUGCUCUUGCUAAUUCUAUGGGUUCUGAGGAGAAGGAACUUUCAAAAGUGGCUGAGAAAGCUCUUGGUUUUCUAACAGAUACGGCUGUGUCUAUUUUGGGGAGCUCUAAAGCAAUGUACCGUUUACCUCUAAUGAAGCUGCUUGUGGACAAGCUGGUUGCAAAUUGCUAUGAAAGGGCUUGGUAUACUAAAGCUGGCGGGUGUCAAGCAAUAUCGUGGUUCCUGGACAAAAUGUCUCUGACAUGGAUACUGGAGCAUCAGCUCAAGUUUAUUUCUGCAUUGUUGUUUGUCAUGAUGGAUCUAACUGAGGAGGUGUCGUAUGGAACUGUCAGUGUUGCUAAGGAUUUACUGGAAAAGUUGCUUUCUGUUUGCAAUGUGCCACUAGAAGGAGAAGCUAUGGCUGAGGCACGAACAUUUCAGGCCAAAAUUUUUCCUCAAGUGGUUGAGCACUUUGUGCAAGAGUCAAGAGCUCUAAAUAAAACUGUUAGAGAGCAGGCACAUCAUUCUCUUGGAACAUUAGCAUCCAUGACUGGGAAGACUGUAACUGAAAUUAUGGAUCCUUAUCGUGCAAUUCUUGCAGAUGCAAUUCCCCCUAAGAAACACUUACUUCGACAUCAACCUGUCAACACUCAGCUGGGAAUAAUUGAUGGCUUCACAUUUUGUACGACUUUAAAGCCACGUCUGUUUUCUAUUAAUAACACUAUUCAAGAACAUCAAACUUUCUAUCAAGAAUUGCUGGCGAUCUGUGAUUUGGAUGAUGCUUCUCUGUCCCACUUGUCGUGUUACAAGGGUGUCCCAUCACUCAUUCCCCUUCGCAAGAGUGCAAUGGCUGCUCUAGCAGCCUGCAACUAUAUUGAGGGCUAUCGCAAACCAAUAUUUGAUGUUUUACGGAAGCUCCUUGAUUCUGAUAAUCAAGAACUUGCUGCUGCAGCUGAAGUGUCAAUGAAGAAGUUUUUAGAAGGGCAACAACUAGAUGUGGAACAAGCUCAUGCAAGUCUUCGGCCAUUGCUUUCCAUGCUGUCAGACUACCGCCAUCUGUCGCUGCAAUUUACAAAUAAACUGUCUCGUCUUAUGCGUCUUUUUCCAACAAGUUUUAAUGAGAAGUUGUGUGAAACUCUAUUGUCUCAUUUAAAGAAGUGGAUGGAUGCAGCAACUGUUGCUGUGAAUUCAAAGCCUGUUGCUAGAGAUGGAGAGGUGAAUGUGUCGAAAUUAGUUCAAAUUAUUUGGUUUGAAUUUUGGUCAUUUCUGCUACAGGAGGUUAAGAUCUGUACUGCUAUCUUGGAUACAUUUCAUCUUGUUCCAGCUUCUUCAGCGAAACUACUGGAACCUCUUAUCAGUCUUGUACUUAGUGGUGAACGAGCACUGAUGUUGGAGAUCGGUAGUCCAUUUCGUGACCCACUGUUCAAAUUUAUGUGUUGUCAUCCGGGUCAAGUUGUUGAAUAUUUUAUGUCACAUCUAGCAGAGUCUCAUACCAACAGACUAUUCACUUUUUUGUUGCAAAGAAAAGAUGCUGGGACACUUCGCAGUGUUUUAGAAAAACAACCUGGUCGACUUGUCAGCACAGCAUUUAAUACUGUGGACUCAAACAAGAGCAGUGAACUGCAGUAUCAAGGAAUUCUGAUCACAAGGUGCUUGGUGAAAUUCAAUGAGUAUUGGUUGACCAAACCAAAACAGAAAGAACUGGUAAUUGCUCUCAGAGAAUUAUGGACUUCCAAAGAAUUUCAACAAAAGAAUACCCAGUCUGGCCUUCAUUGGAAAGAGCCAAAGUAUUUGGUGAAGUGUUUGCUCAACUAUGUUAAACACCACCGUGAUGAUGUCGAGUUGUUGUUUCAAUUACUUCGUGUAUUCACAUCACGUUACAUGCCCUCUUUUCAUUUUCUCAAAGAAUUUUUGGAUCAGGAAGUGGCCCAAGGUUACACUGUUUCAGAGAGACGGCAAAUAUUUUUUAAAUUUGUUGAACUCUUUUGGGAAAGCUCAUUUCCUGAUGAGGUGAAAGCUAAGGCACUGCAAUGUAUUCUGAUCCCAGUUUUCACUACUUCAUUUGCAAGAGGCCACAAGGAACAGCUACUUGGAGACCCUCCUAAUCCUGACCAAGAUCACCAUAAUGACUUAGUGAGUGUUUUUAUUGAGAAAGUUAUUGAUAGUGACAGACCUCUUGCUGCACCUGAUGCGCUUCGAAUCAUGCUGCUGCAAUUUUCUGCACUGCUUGUAGAUCAAGCAUCAGAAUAUGUCCAUGAUCCAACAAACAAGACACAAAAGCAAGGUUCAAAGCUUCGGCGUCUGACUGCUUAUGCGUGGCCUUGCUUGCUGAAUAAGCAGUGUGAAGAUCCGGCUACUCGUUACCAUGGCCAUCUUCUACUGGCUCACAUUAUUGCUAAGUUUGCAAUCAACAAGAAGAUUGUUUUGCAAGUGUUUCAUAGUCUGCUUAGGGCUCAUGCUGUCGAAGCGAGAGGAGUUAUAAGACAAGCACUCGAAGUUCUCACACCUGCUAUUCCUGCUAGGACAGAUGAUGGCAAUACUGUCCUCAUGCACUGGACAAAGAAAAUUAUUGUUGAGGAAGGACACACCGUGGCACAACUAGUGCAUAUUUUGCAGCUAGUUGUGCGCCAUUACAAAGUGUAUUAUCCAGUAAGAGGAUAUCUUAUUCAGUACAUGGCCAGCUUUAUGCAGAAACUUGGUUUCCCACCUAAUGCAACUAUUGAACAUCGACGAUUAGCGGUAGAUUUAGCAGAAGUGAUAAUCAAAUGGGAAAUGCAAAGAAUCAAAAGUGACAACGAAGUUCAAACAGAACAAACAGUUGGGUCAGAUUCUUCGACAUCGGUAACAGGCAGCCGGGCUGCAUCUCCAGCACAGGCAAUUGGUGUAAAAAGACCAAGUGAAGAAUUAUCUCAAGACUCAAAGAGGCUGAAGACAGUGGCUGGUGUUCAUGCUCGUCAGUUGACUGUGGCAACACGACAUGUGCUAGAGAAACAACACCAGGACGCAGUAGUAAACUUCUUGAUUCGAAUCGCAUGUCAGGUAAAUGAGUCAAAUGCAACUGCAGGGUCUGGAAGUCCUGGGGAAGUUUUGUCUCGACGUUGUGUUGCACUACUCAAAACGGCUCUAAGGCCUGAUAUAUGGCCAGUUGUUGACCUCAAAUUGACGUGGUUUGACAAGUUGCUUUCGUCUGUAACAGCUCAAAGUAAUACACAACAAGAACAGUCGACACAAGUGAAUUAUCCAAAUAUAUGCACAGCAUUGGAAAUCCUGACAUUACUGCUAUCUGUUGUGAAUCGUCCAUCUAUUUUGCCAAUGUUCAAGCCUUUGCAGCGUGGAAUUAUUGCAUGCAUGUCAAGUCACAACACUAAAGUUAUCCGAGGUGUUCACAACCUAUUAGCUAAACUGAUGUCCCUCUUUCCUACUGAUUCAACUUCUUCCAGUGUUUCAAAGUAUGAAGAAUUAGAAGGAUUGUACUCUAGUGUUAUUCGAAUUAUACACGAUGGGCUGCAGACAUAUGAACGAUCUACAACUACUUCUAGUACAACGACGAUGGGACUUUAUGGGACACUAAUGAUUCUGAAGGCUGCAUGCAGUCAUAAUGCGUGCUACAUUGAUCGGUUUCUUUCCUUAUUUAUGAAAACAUUGUCAAAGAUGCAGCAUGAUCAUUUGUUGUGCACUGAAGAGACUGCUGGUCCAGUGAUGAUUGAUAUGAUGAUUCUGAGUUUUGAAUUGGUGAAGAUGAGACUACCAGUCAUGCCACAAGAGAUGAGAAAGAAUUUUAUAACAUUGCUUGCAAAUCUCAUUGAAAAGUCUUCAGAGGUUCGACUCUUGCGAGCUGUGACAAAAAUUGUUGAAGAAUGGGUGAAGCAAAAGACUCAGCUGCCUGUUCAACAAACUGCAUCAUUGAAGGAAAAGUCUCUCUUGCUUCAUCGUAUGAUGACAUCGUAUGAGAAGCGUUUUCCCAAUGAACAGGAACUGAAUGCACAGUUUCUUGAUCUUGUUAAUUAUGUUUAUAAAGAGGAAUCACUGCGAGGUAGUGAGCUGACAUCAAAGCUGGAGCCUGCUUUCUUGGCUGGUUUACGUUGCAAUCAACCUCAAGUCCGAGCAAAAUUUUUUCAAGUGUUAGAUUAUCAUCUGCCACGACAACUGUGUGAACGAUUGCUGUAUAUUGUGCAAACGCAGAAUUGGGAGUUUAUUGGUCCACACUUUUGGAUAAAGCAGUGCAUUGAGCUUUUGUUGACUGUUGCUGACUGUGAUCAGCCUGUCAAAAUGGUGUCGGAAACAACUGCUUUGCCAUUUGUUAGCUCACUCUCACAUAUUGGAGGCAAAAGUUUUGGUCUCAAUAAUCCACUAUCACAAGAAGAGGAAACUGUAUCUCAGUCAGAGAAAAUGGAAGUAGACCUUCCUGCAUCAAGAAAUCAGCUUAAGCUGUUGAGUACAAGACAUGCUAAGUUUAUUGCUGCUGCAAGAAGUGUGAAGACAGCAAGUGUUGUAGACGGUAUAGUACAGCUAUGUCAUGAAGACACUAGUCUUGCAUUUCACAUGUGGUUGGAGCUAUUUCCUAGGAUUUGGAGUCUAUUAUCAGAACACCAGCAACAGAUGCUGAGUGGAGAGAUUAGUCCAUUCCUCUGUAGUGGUGCUCAUCUCACACAAGUGGAUUGUCAUCCAAGUGCUAUUGAGGCAUUUCUGGAGGCUUUCUUGAGAUGUAAACCAACAAUCUUUUUGAGGCCAUUUGUUUUAAAGUAUUUGGGGAAGGCACACAACGCUUGGCAUCGGGCAUGCUUGUGUCUUGAGGAGCAUGCGUUUGACUGUGAUGAUCUUUCAACUGAAUUGCAGGCAGAUGCUCAACUACAGCACAAGCAGUUGAGAGAAAGGAUAAUAUCAGAGCACAGAAUCAGCAAUGAAGAUUUGUUUGGAACAAGAAGAGAUGAAACAUUAGAUUGUUUGUCUGAGCUUUAUUCGGAGCUGAAGGAAGAAGACAUGUGGGCUGGGUUGUGGCACAAGCGCUGCCGGUUUCCAGAAACAAGCAGAGCAGUGUUUCUUGAGCAACACGGUUUAUUUGAGCAAGCUCAAACAAAAUAUGAAGAGGUAAUGGGUAUUGCUCGAGAAGAACACAAUCAUGGUCCAGCACACCCAGCUGCACAGCCAGAGUACAGAUUGUGGCAAGAUCAUUGGAUUCGGUGUUGCAAGGAGCUAGGGCAAUGGAAUCUUUUGACUGAACUUGGAAGGAAUCGGCUGCAGCCCGAUCCUUACUUGGUUCUAGACAGUGCUUGGAAGCUUCCUGACUGGUCAGCUAUGAAAGAUGCCUUGUCUCAAGUGGAGUUGAACAGUCCGGAGAGUCUUGCUUAUAAGCUUAGCUUGUAUCGAGGCUAUUUAGCACUUUGCCCUCCAGAAGAGCAACACUUUACUGCGGUAACAAAGCUUGUAGAAGCAGCAUCAAAUCAAGCUAUUAAGCAAUGGAAACGACUGCCUUCUAUUGUAUCUUCUGUUCACAUCACAUUUCUACAGGCUGCCCAGCAAAUAAUGGAACUUCAAGAGGCAACACAGAUUCGUACUGGUUUGCAGCCAACAAGCAUUGGCCGAACAGCCAGUUUACAUGAUAUGAAGGCAAUUGUAAAGACAUGGCGUAACCGGUUGCCAAAUCAGUGGGAUGAUUUGUCACACUGGAGUGAUAUAUUUAUGUGGCGGCAGCACCAUUAUCAAGCUAUUGUGUCAGCAUAUGAACAACAUUCACCUCCAGAAAUGAACCAUGCUAUGCUUGGGGUUCAUGCUUCAGCAUGGGCAAUUAUUCAUCAUGCUCGUAUAGCAAGAAAACAAGACUUAAUUUCUGUUUGCCUUGACAACUUGAGCCGAAUUUACACCAUUCCAAGUGUGCCAAUUGUUGAUUGUUUUCAAAAGAUUAGACAACAAGUCAAAUGCUAUCUGCAGAGUAGCCUGACGUUAGGGAAAGGAGAGCUUCAAGAGGGUCUUGAUCUGAUUGAAUCAACUAACAUGAAGCCAUUUCAGAAAGAAAUGGUUGCAGAGUUUUUUGCAUUGAAAGGACUGUUUUAUUCACAGAUGGAGAAAUCUGAGGAUGCUAACAAGGCUUUCUCAGCUGCUGUUCAGCUGAGCGACAGUCUUUCAGAAGCAUGGGGACUUUGGGGUGACUAUCUAGACCAGAUAUUUAUCAAAGACAGGAAUCGAGACGUUGGAAUUGAUGCUAUGACAUGUUACUUGCAUGCUUGUAGACACAAUGAUGAAGUCAAAGGUCACAAGAUAUUGGCUCGAGUUCUGUGGCUACUCAGCUUUGAUGAUGAAACACGUGCUCUAUCAGAUGUGAUUGACAAGUAUGGAGUUGGUGUGCCUCCAAACCACUGGUUACCUUGGAUUCCUCAACUGUUAUCUCUUCUGGUUCGAAGAGAUGGGAGGCAGAUCCUCAACUUACUGUAUACAAUUGGCAGAGCGUUUCCUCAGGCAAUUUACUUUCCAACACGAACAAUUUAUCUUGCUCUUAAGAUUGAACGUAAGGAGAAUGUCAAGAGUGAGAAGUCUACAUCUCAACAUUCUCCCAUUUCAGCGAAUUCCUUGCAAAAUAUUCCGAUUGUAUCGGCUGUGCAGUCUAGUUCGACUGAGACUUUGAGUGACUUCACUGAGAAACCUGUGAUUUCAAAGAAGGAAGAUGUUGAACCUAUGGAUGUGGAUAGUAACAAGGAGACUUUCAUCUCUGGCAUUACAGAGCAAGAGAUAGGAGAGCCGAUGUUGCUUAUCGAAGGCAUUGUUCCAGGUUUAACAUCAAUGUCUAGUAGCAGAUUUUCUUUUGAGUCUUCUGGAGAGCCAAUGUCUUCUGCAUCAGAUGGGCAAGUUAAAGCUACACCUGAAAUGUGGAGAUGCAGUCGCAUCAUGCAUCGAUUACGUGAACUGCACCCAACUUUGCUUUGUGCUCUUGAGGCAAUAGUAGACCAGUUGAUUUGGUUCAGAGAGAAUUGGGUAGAAGACGUGUUGAGACAACUUCAGCAGGCACUGAGAAAGUGUUAUUUGAUAGCAUUCGAAACACGAGAUGAUGUGUCUGGAGCAGAGGUGCCUGCUGAAAUGCAGAUGUUCUUGCAGAAACUAGUCAGCUGCUUUGAUUUGGGGUUUGAGACAUCAUCGGAUGUCAGUGCAACUCUUUCAUCGGUAGCAUCAGAAACAUUCGCUCGCUGUGCCCAAGCUACUAUGCGAGACCCCGUUUUCCAGCAGUUGAAAGAGAAAUUUUCUCAAGACUUCAACUGCAGCCAUUCAACUGGUUUACAUGGUCUUGUGGACAAGUUGAAAAAGUGGAUUAAUAUUUUGCAAGAGAGAGUAGCAGCACAGCCCAAAUCAUUUUUGUUGGAAGAGAGAUGUCGAUUUUUGAACAAUUUUUCAAUGUCUACUGCUGAAAUUGAACUACCCGGAGAGGUUCAUCUGCCAAAGCCUUUGUCAUACUGCGUAAAGAUUGCUCGUUUUUUGCCCAAGGUUGAAGUUGUCAAGAAGUACGGAGUGUCUGCGAGACGGUUAUGUAUUAGAGGUCAUAAUGGAGUGCUUUAUCCAUAUUUGGUGAUCAGUGACAACAACUACACAGAGUCAAAGCGUGAAGAUUCUGUGUUUCAGCUCUGUCGUGUACUUAACGUCUAUGCAGGGAAAAGAAAAGAAACUUGUCGAAGAAAUCUCUUAUUUUACAUUCCUAGAUAUGUGUUUGUGUCUCCUCAGAUCAGACUGAUUGAGGACAAUCCUACUAGUGUUAGUCUUGAGAGCAUACUGGAGCAGCAUUGCUCCAGCAGAGGAAGCAAUUGCAGCGAACCUGUUACGUACUACUAUGAAAGACAUUCAUAUCUCCAGCAGAGAGGAAGGCCUGUUACACAAGAAUUAUUGGAGAACAUUUUUUCAGAGAUUCAAUCUAGCUUAGUUCCAAAGUUAGUCUUGAAGAAGUGGGCUGUUUGCACUUACCAAGAUGCUGUGCAUUACUGGACAUUUAGAAAACAAUUUACAGUGCAGUUGGCUGUUGCAGCAUUCUUGGAGUAUGUUAUGCAUUUAACAGCUCUCACUCCUGCCAUGCUUUACAUUGCAAGAGAUACAGGGCAGCUUUUGUUCAGCGGGUUCAAGUUUGAUAUAACUGCAUCUGAUAAACUGAAUGGCAGAAAACCGGUGCCUUUUCGGGUCACCCCAAAUAUUGCAGAAUUUUUGGGACAAAUUGGAGUGGCUGGGCUGUUUACUGCCAGUAUUAUAGCUGCUGCUCGCUGUGCUGUGCAGCCUUCACUCAACUUUGUAGCUGUACUGAAGACUGUUAUAAGUGAUGAGUUCUUAAUGAGAAAGAGGAUGGGAGGGUGUGAUAGCGAUCAAGGAUUAGUGGAUGUCAGUGAGGCAAUUAAUAAUGUUGAUCAAGCAGCUUCUUCUAUUCUUGCUCGUUUAGAAGUUAUUGCAACGUUGGAGGGUUCGCCAAAUCCAGUGGAUGCACUGGUAGCGAAUGCCAGUAGUGCUGAAAGUCUCUGUCAGAUGGAUCCAGCAUGGUAUCCAUGGCUCUAAUUUCUCAGAUUUUUGACUGAUACGAAAUAGCAGAUUUGAUUAAUACACAUGGAUGCUGCAGCUGGAUAUAAACAAUUAAGAGACAGGACUUUCCAUUUUGACGUUUGAAUGCAUGUUUUUUUAUAUAUACAGUACACGUUAUGGGUAGGCCAUCUUCCAUACUCUAGUCAAUUGAAAUGAUAAUUGCUAUAAUUAUAGUUGUUGUAAUUGAGAUAAACAAUUGAUUUUGCGUUGGCUGCCUCAGACAA